AUCGCUGCCACAGUUACCUAAACAUACAGUAGUAGUAGGUCUAGUAACCAGUAUAGCGCAUUUUAAACUCAGGUUGUGUCGUGCAAAUCAGAUUACUGGGAAGGUAAACGGGAUUCUGACGUAAAGGGUUUAAAUCCCGGCAGAGGACCAUCGCACGUGCUCUGCGCGAGCUCGCUCACGGUCAGCAGCAGUCGGUGAGGAGGGGAGCAGCUCGUGCCACCACCAGUCAACAAACCCUUCUCUCUCUCUCUCUCUCUCUCUCUCUCUCUCUCUCUCUCUCAGGACCUGAGUAUGACUCCUCAGAUAUUAAACUGCGACUGAACAGGACGGACGACCGCCGGCCGAUAACAUGGCGUCGUAUCUGCAGAUCGCUGAUGAUGAGAAAGGCCAUGAGCUGGACCUUUUCUGUGUCCCCAGACAUUAUGAGAACGAUUUGGACAAGGUGAUCAUCCCCCAUGGACUCAUCAUGGACAGAACAGAGCGUCUAGCCCGCGACAUAAUCCGGGACAUGGGGGGACACCACAUCGUAGCUCUUUGUGUGCUAAAAGGGGGCUACAAGUUCUUCGCAGACCUCCUGGACUACAUUAAAGCACUGAACCAGAACAGUGAUAAAUCAGUCCCGCUGACAGUGGAUUUCAUUAGGGUGAAGAGCUACUGUAAUGACAAGUCAACAAACAGUGUCAAAGUCAUAGGAGGGGAUGAGCUGUCCAAUCUCUCAGGCAAGAAUGUUUUGAUUGUUGAGGAUAUUGUGGAGACAGGAAAGACGAUGCAGACGCUACUUUCCCUGCUGAGUGAAUGUAACCCCAAGAUGGUUAAAGUUGUAAGCCUUCUGGUGAAGAGGACCCCAAGGAGUUCAGGGUACAGACCAGACUACAUUGGUUUUGAGGUGCCAGAUGCCUUUCUGGUGGGUUACGCUUUGGACUACAAUGAGUACUUCAGAGAUCUCAGUCACAUCUGUAUACUGAAUGAUCAAGCCAAGGAGAAGUACAAAGUGUGAGAAGAUGAAUUCCUGCAGAGGCAAUGACUGAAUCAAUGAAGACUAGAACCACUGUGAUGACCCUCCUUAGCUUUGCUGUGUUUUGAAUCUUAUUUAUUUUUUCUACACAAGAAUCCACAAAAUGUGACUUGUGGGUUGUAAAUAACUUAAAGAAGAAUAUUUCAUGCCCCCCCCCCCCCCUAUUGAUUAUGUGGGAUCAAUUAUGUAUAGUAUGAAUAUUUUGGUUGUUCACUUUUAACUUAUUUAUUCACAUGUCUUAUAGAUCUUUCCUGUAACAUUCAGUUUUAUUUUGGAGAUAGAAAAAAAAAUUCAUUAAUUUGUUCUGGCUCAUCAAGUACCUCUAUGCUGCUUUAUGUUCAGUGAGAUGUCAGUCAAAUUUAAGUAGCCUUCAGUUUGUACAUGUUUCUGUUUCGACUUAUAAUGCUGAUUAUAUCCUCUCAUUAUGGCAUAAAAUGACUGACUUGGAAUGUACUGUAUGUUUUAUUUAAUCUGUUUUCAUCGAGGACCUGUUUACAGCAAUACAAAUCCCGUUGAAACCUUGAA